UUGACGUGAGCGGAUCGUUCAGCUCUAACCUGCUAUUCACGUACGAUUAAUAUAAAACGGACACCAUUCGUUGGAUACAGAUCACUUACCAUGAAGGGAUUCAUUUUCUCAUUCAUAGUAUUUCUUACGUAUGCAACUGUGAAUGUCGCUUUCCCACGUGCUAAUUACACGAUUCUCCGUAAUGAAAUAUUGAAACGUGAGCAACGGAUGAUGAUAGGUGGCAAUCUGACUUUAAACUACGUUGAAAAAGCCGCCAACAAAAUCUUAAUGAUGAGGAAGGAAGAAGAAUUAAACAUUGGUUUCAAGAAUCCACAUCAGUUUGCUCCUGCACGAAAUUUCCUUGAAACAAAGGAUGAAAUUGAGAAGUCGAAGGUUUUCCAAAUAAUCCGUCGCAUGCCAAAAGGAGCGAUACUCCACGCCCACGAUACAGCUCUCGUUGCUAGCGAUUAUAUUUAUUAUAACAUCACCUAUCGCGACGACUUGUACGUUUGCGUUGUCAAAGAUGUAGUUAAGCUGCAAUUUUUCCGAGUGCCGGAUAAAUCAUGUGACUGGGAACUCUUGAUGAAGGUGCGCGAAGAUUCGAUUCGAGGUUCCAUAAUAAACGACAUGAUCGAGAAGAGGAUGUCCAUGCAAUGUAACGAUCCUACGUUUGUCUAUCCAAACGUUAACAAGGCGUGGGUCAAAUUUAACGACAUCUUCCAGUUCAUCAAUCCUUUGUUGACGUACAAGCCUGUUUACGAGGAUCAUUACCUCGAAGCUCUGGAGCAACUGUACGAGGAUAAUGUAAUGUAUCUCGAGCUAAGAUCCACCUUGCCAAAUUUAUACGAUUUCGAUGGCACGGAGUACAAGCCAGAAGAUUUGGUCGGUAUCUACGAGAAACUUACUGAAAGAUUCAAGGAAAAACAUCCGGACUUCAUAGGAGCCAGACUGAUCUAUGCUCCUAGGCGAUCUUGCAACUACGAAGAAGCGCGAUUUUAUACCAAAACCUUAAAGAAAUUGAAAAAGUUGUAUCCUAAUUUUGUGGCUGGAUUUGAUUUAGUCGGCCAGGAGGACUUCGGGCAUACGCUUGAGUACUUCAUGGACUUACUGAAGAGUGUGGAAGAAUAUGACAUUAAUUUCUUUUUCCACGCAGGCGAAACGAAUUGGUUAGGCACUGCUACUGAUGAGAAUCUUAUCGAUGCUAUUUUAUUAAAUACUCGACGUAUUGGCCAUGGGUAUGCGCUGGUCUCUCAUCCGUUCCUCUUGGAGCUUGCUAAAACAAUGGGCAUCGCUAUCGAAGUGAACCCGAUCUCCAAUCAAGUCCUAAAACUUGUCGAUGAUCUCCGUAAUCAUGCUGCCAGGCCAUUAUUCUCUGGAGGAUAUCCAAUAGUGAUAUCUAACGACGAUCCCGGUUUAUGGGGUGCGAGGGCUCUCAGCUAUGACUUUUACGAAGCAUUUAUGGCUCUCAUGUCAGCACACGCCGAUCUCAGAAGUCUCAAGCAAUUGGCCAAGAACUCCCUUAUUUAUAGCAGUCUGAAUAACUCUGAGAAAAAGAAAGCGUUAAAUAUUUGGCGAAAGAAAUGGGACGACUUCGUAAUGAAUAUAUCGCAUUCAAUUAUAACUUAA